CUUUUCUUGCUACGUGUCAAAAAGAUGGUCUUACGCAAGAAAUGCUUACAAUAGAGUAAGGUAAAUAACUCGCUUCGGGUUGCUCGGGUUGCUUUUGCUACUUGGCAAGAAAACCGUCGAACAGGAAGCUGAUGAAGCGCAUAGCAACUGGUCGGUUGGACAUAUCAUGUGAACUGCAAUUCUUGCGUUAGACCAUCUAAUAGUUUUCAAGAACAAUUAUUUAUAAGAUGGUCUUACGCAAGAAGUGCUUAUAAUUGUGCUUGAGUCCCUGUAUUUCAAUGCUGUUUCACUAUUAUGCUUCGUGUUUUCAAUCUGACCAAUAAUUAGCUAGAAUAGCUGACACCCGUAAUUCAGCUGGGUAUAUGAUCAUCAUCGUCAUCACCUGAAGUUUUUCAAUUCAGCGCAGAUGUCGUCCUUCGUUCAUGAGCAUGACGUGAUCAUGAUACUUUUGAAUUUUUAUUAAUGAUCUUCUUCAGUAACUCCUGAAUGACUUUCAACAUCAGUUAGACGAGUGUAGUAGUCACAGGAUGGGCGGCAAGAAUGACGCUGCUAAGGGUAAGGCUGCCGCGAAAAAGCAAGCGGGGAAGCCAAAGGUAGCGCCUGUUGCCAAGAAGGAAAGCAAGACGACGGCAAAAGCUGGAACCGGGUCGAAAGCGAACAAUAAAUCUUCUGCGUCCUCCAGUACUUCUAAGAAUGCUAAACAAGCUGCUUCGACGACGCCCAGUAAAGGGACGACAGGUGGUACAGCACGUGGAAAGAAGACUCCUUCCCCGCCUACUGAUCAAGUAGCUCCUACCAAGGAUAAGAAGACAUCUUCUUCAGCCUCAGCGGGACGGAACAUCGAUAAGGACAAAAAUAAGGAUAAGCAAAUAGCAAGAAAAGCUACCACUUCUAGUAGUAAGGUUAAGGAAACCAAGAACAACAACAACAAAAAGGGAGCUGGAGGAGCUGGAGGAUCGACCUUAUCGUCUAGGAGUAAUUCAAAAGCAGCAUCUUCGUCUUCAUCUGCCUCAGCUGAUAAAAAAAAGAGUAGCACUAGCAAGAGCGUCGAAGAAGUAGAAGAAGAUGUUGUUGUGGAUGAGGAUGAACCUGCAUCUCUUGUUGAGAAAGAUCCAACAUCUUCCCAGCAGUCUCAACAGUCACAGCAGAUCGUUGAUUUGAUCUCUUCUUCUGAAAUACAUGUAGAUGAAAUUAAGGCUACAAGAAAUCCAUCUUCACCGUCAUCCUGGUCCCGUUUUUAAAGAGAAAAGGAGGCCCAAGAUGUUACUGAAGAUGGAUUUCUCUUAGUCUUCUAAGGAAAGCGCCAAGAGCUCUUCAUCUCCUGGCGAAGACUUUAUCAUCAGGGAUCCGAACCAUCCGGACUAUGAUCCUCAAGAAGACGACUCAGACUUUGCUCCAGCAUCAGAAUGCUCCGACUAUUCGGGAGAUGGUAGUGCUCCGGAUAUAUCCGAUAGAAGAAUUCAUAGGAGUAGGGUGCGGUCAAGAAGACCGCCAAUAAGAAAACGAAAACCUCCUCAUGGGGAUGAAGAAACAGAGGAAGAUGAUGAGGAGGAUGAGGAUGAACAGGAGGGUGAGGAUGAGGAUGAACAGGAGCUGACAUCUAGAAGUACAACUGGGAGGAAGAAAGCUGGUGCCGAAGCAGAUGCAAAGGGAAAUAGAAACCCAGCACAGGAGCUGCAAAGGGAAAUAAAAUCUAGUAGUGCUUCAUCUUCGACAUCUUCCAUGAAAAAGACAACUUCCAAGAAGGAUCAUUCGUCACAACAGUUCUUCUCGAGUGCUAACCAAAAGAAAACGACCUCCUCGUCAGCACUCAAGAAGAAGCCACACUCAAGAACUGCUAGACAAUUGUCCUCUAAGGACGAUGAUGAUGAAGAUGAUGAGUCUCUCGGAGAAGAUGAUGACGAAGUGUCAGGCGAGGAAGAUGAAGACGAAAUGUCAGGCGAGGAGGAUAUGUCAGAUUUGGUCCUUUCUGACGAAUCAAACAGCAUUGAGGCGGACGACGACGACGACAUACUGGAUUUAGAAGAGAAAGCGACCAAGGAUGAAACACGAAAAAAAGGAGCUAUAAUAAGUAGUUCUAGAAGUUGUACAACAUCGAAGAUGAAGAAGGAUCAAGGCGCGAAUAAGAAUACUAAAUCUAGUACUUCGAACAAGUCCACCUCUAGGAAAACGACAGCUGCAAAGGAUAGCAAUUCAGCCUCAGCAACGAGUAGUCUUGUAGUGAAUGAGGAAGAUGAUGACGAAGAAGCACCAGGAGCAUCUACAAAUGCUGUUAGCGACAAGAAGAACGGCACGACAACGACUUCUUCGAAGACUGCUUCUACUAGUGCCGCAGCAAAGUCGUCGGAGGACAAAUCCAAGCCACGCAAGAACAUCAACAAGCACGAUAUUAGCGAUGUAAAAAGAGGACCUCAAAAACCUUCAACUUCCCACGAAGAACAAGAAGACGAUGACGAAGAUGCCCUUCCCAUCACUAAUCCGGUUGGUUCUCUGUACAAAGGACGUUUCAAGGUGAGGAUAAAAGCGGACACGGGACAAAGAUACUAUUUCGAUAAGGAUGUCGGCAAAGGGCGGAAGUUUGUACAUAAGGCGGUUCCACGCAGUGACUGGCAUGUGGAAAUACCAUGUACUCCUUGGUGGCGCUUCGACAAAGCUGUGAGGAGGCAGAAGUUUACCUUUGACGAAGAUUAUGAUGAGAAAAAUCAAGAUGAUGAUGUUGAUCAGACUUCCCAGCAGGAUAGUAAACGUGACCAGGUCCAGGGCAACAACAAGAGUGUCGUUCGCAUCCUCGAUGUUGGCGCUGCAGUAGAGGAGAAGUACGGGUCCUUUAUCGUGGUGGCGGAGGUGACAGAAACCGAUUCGGAUCCUAGAGAGGAAGGUUUCUCUUCCGAUGAGGAAGAGGAAGAUUGGGAUGCUCUGGAGAAAAAAUGGGCUGAAGAUGCUAAAAAAAAAGGGGAAGAGCUCACAGAAGAAAAAAAAAACGAACUUAUGGCAUUGAUUUGGUCGUGAUUGGGUGCAUAGAGGACGACUUAGACCAGUCAGUCGAUGUAAGUAGAUGGAAUGUUCAAAUUUUUGUGCGGUGCGUUGAGCUUGAGGAUUAUUUUUAGCCUUAAUUAAUAUAGAUACAUAUAGAAGAAGAAAGAUGAAGAUCUGAUGUCCUAGGGUAGAGUUUUUGCGGCUUUCUGAUUUUCCACCUCGCUUAUUCCCACGACCAACCCUUCCACAGCCUAACCAUAAUUCCCACGACCACCCCUUUGACAGCCUCCCUCACGACCUUUUCUAAUCUGCUGAGAAAAAAACGAAAGCUCGAGGUGGCGAGAAAACGUAGGCUAAGACGUUUCGAGAAUGCGCAUAAGCGUGCUCCUAUCGGUUCCCAGAGGUUGCAGAGCACAUUGGCAAAUCUAGAGAGGAAAUUUGUAGAGCAAGGUGCUGUGACGAGAAAUGCGGAUAUUACCAAGCCGGUAACUGCAAAUAAUAAGGGUCGCUUGCGCAAUGAGAUCGAGGAUGGCAGUGAAGAUUCCUCCUCUAACAGGCAAAAGAAACGUCGCCGGGGUCGUCGUCCACGAGAUUACGGUGGGAAUUUGGCCGGUCUUUCUAGCAGCUUUUACGAUGCAGGAGAUGGGUUUAUUGACGACGCAGACAUGGAAUUUGCUGAUGAAGAGGAAGCAGGCGGCCUGAUCAUCGACACCGACUGGGAUCUAGCAACGUUAAACCCUGGUGCUAAGAGAAGGAAGAAGACACCUUUUUCUAGUGCUGCAGCUACGGGAGGAGUUGUUGGUGCUGCUGGAAUGAACAGGAAUUCUGUUCCUGGCACUGUUCAUCAAGGUCAGGGUGAAAAUGCGGAUACAGGAGCAUUUGGAGAAGGAGCUGUAGAAGGCGACAAAGGCGAUAUGAAUGAUGAAAACGCUCUAGCAACAGGAGCCGAACAUCUUCAAGAGAUUGCAGUAGACCCUGAGGAACUCGCGAGAAGGGAGAUGCUAAAAAAAGAGCGCGAAGCGAUGGAGAGACGACAGAGGAUUGAAUUUAGGAAAUUCCGGAUAGCUCUGCCUACAGACCCGCGUGAUGACGAUGACGAUGCGUUUGGAGUAGGUGAAGGAGAGAAGAAAAAUACUAGUGCUGCUGAUGAUGAUUUUGGAGGUGCAAAAAUAGUAAAAGGUAGUGUAGAAGCUGGAGAUGAAGAUGAGACAGCUCGACGAAUGAUACAACAUGCAGAUACGACUGGCGCUACCACGACGAGUACUUCCACCACUGCGACGGCAGGAACAACAACAGCAACCCCAUCAGGCCAGACACCUCAAGAAAUUUCCAAGAGCAAGAUUCGGGAGAUGCUACUCAGAGAACUGAAGCUGUUGCCUUGCGGCGUCAGCGAUCCUGAGGAAGCUGCUGCUUUGAUGCGCAACCCAUCACCAGACUACAAAUCACCUUCAGGAUUGCGUGCUUUGCCAUUUUUGAAAACGUGGUUAGAAACCGAGGUGCAAGCAAAUCAUUCGUGCCUUCCGACCUUCAUUCGUAGAAACCUGCCACAUCUGAUACGAAGCAGUGCUGGAGUACAAGCACCAGGCUCUACUAAUACACCUGAUAGUAGAGCACCAGCUGUUUCAUCUUCUUCCUCCUUUUCCUCUUCAACGUCUUCUUCUGCUUCAUCAAACAAGAUUCCCUCUUCUUCAGUGUACUUCAAAUCGGCCUCGUUUGCGCCUCAAUGGAGGUGGACGGUUUGUGUGAGAGAAGAUCUAGUCACCAAUUGGUGGGGAUUUGAGGAAGAUUUCGUUCAAUUACCCUUUCCCGCUGUCAACGAGCGAGAUGACGAGUAUUGGGCUGACUUGGUCUAUCGCUUGACCAGGCUAUCGCACGCCGCGAGACCUAUGCCCUGGCGAGAAUUCUCGACGAAAUGGAUGCAGGCAGGGAAGGAAUUCACGAAAUUGGCGUCGAGGACGUUUAAUCAAGCGCAAAUCAGUCUGAUAGAGAAGGAGCUGUCGAACGAUGUGGUGUUGCUACAACUGCGGAGACUGUUUGAGGAUCCGACAGGGAGAAGAAUGAUAGCGAGGGAGGAACAAGGUAUUGAUAGGCUAUCAGAUACGUUUCACCGAAGGCGCAAGAUUUGCAUGUCUUCCUAAUUUACUUGUUGUGCUUGUCCCUCGAUUUAUAUGCUCCUGCUCUAUAGUCUAAGCCACACUCCUUCAUCGCAUCACAUGCAUCAACACUUCAAAAUUUCCGUUUUCUUAAAAUCACCUUCACAACCACAACUACAAGUCUACGCAUCAGGUAAUACCGGUUGGUCCUCCACAUCUACCGCCAAAAGUGCUGCUAGCGACUUGAUGGCGGAACAGCGUAGAGAGUAUGAGGAGAGCAUUCAGCAGGUUCUGCCGCUGUGUCGGGUCCUUCGGAAGUCCUUUUUUACGUUUCGGAUGGGGCUUAGGAUGCUGACGCAUUGCAGAGACGGAAACUUGCCGAAGCGAGGUCGCAACUUGGGCUACAAUCCAAAGCAGCUGAGGAGUAUAUUCGUGACCACACUCUACGGAGAGUAUUUGAAGGAGUUUUUCUACAAGAUUCAGACUUCUUCGACAACGCAAAUACCCCCAGUCUGGAUGAACAUGGUAUUGGAUCACGGAGCAACGUGGCUCCGGAAAGCCAAUACCACGACCAUUGCCAUGAGUAGUGAUAUGAAGAUGAAAGGUAGUCUCGGUGUGGGUGGAGGUAGUACUAUUGUCGUAGCUGCGUCAUCGUCUACUACUUCAACUAGUCAUCAGAACGAGAUCCAGCAAGCUCUUGCGUACUUACAGCAGCAUAACCUUCAACAAGGUGCUAGUGGUCCUGGAGGACAACAACAGGGUCCGCAAGGGAGUGGAGCCAUCGCUAUGGAGCCUCUAGACCCAGCCAAAGUACAACAAUAUCAGCAGCUUUUGCUGGAUUCCUUUUGUCAAGACGACAUUGUGGAAUUCCGACCUUGUCUGCCUCUAGUGGGCAAUUACAUCAUCGAAGCAACGAAGGCUAAGCGACAUCACAUGGCGAGACUAGAGGCGUUUGAUCGAGAACAAGAAGCGAAACUCGAGAGAAAGUUUGAAGCCGAUCUACAGGCUGCACGAAACCGAAUGAAGGAGAUUGGAGGUGGUAGUGCUGGCGCAGGUACUUCUGCUUCUGCAGGAGCUGCUGGAACCAGUAUUAAUACGAGUACAACAGGAGGCUCCGGUGGAAAGAAACUCCAAACAAGUGAACAAACAGAACAAACUGACGCCUGCUCAGGAGAAGGAUCAAAGAAUCCAGUUGCGAGACCUCCAAAAGCAAGGAUGCCUGCUAAAGCCAAGAUGCCGCCGCCAGUUAAAGCGCCGCUGAAAGAACAGAACUCCUCUGGUACUCCUUCUAGUGCGGCAACAGUAGCUGCAAAUGCUAAAGCAUCGACUUCUGCAGUAGUAGCUGGAUCCGUAGGGCCUUCUUCAGUACUAGUAGUACCUGGAUCUUCUGCUGCUACAUCUUCAGGAACGAAUAAUAUUACUGGUGCUAAUAUACCUCCACCACCGCCACCUAUGCAGCUUUUAAACCCAGCAGCGUUCCAGCAGCAGCAAUUGUUGUUUUUGCAGCAGCAACAACAGAUAAUGCUCUUGCAGCAACAGCAGCAACUUAGCUCUGGAGGAUCGUUAAUGGGUGGCUUGCCACCAGCUGGACUGCCGAUCCCUGCUCCAGCUGGAAUCUUACCUCCCCCAAAUACUACAGUCUCCUCUUCUUCUGGGUCCUCGUCCACGACGACAAUGCCAAUUAAUAUACAAUCUACUACAACUUCUGUCGCUGGUACAAGAACAGCGAUGCCUGCUAUAUCAUCAUCUUCCACAGCAACUUCUUCCACCUGCUCUAGUAUCACAACAAUUCCUGGUCUUGGAGGUUCUAGUUCUACAGCUGGUCUACAUCCCUCAACAUCCUCCUCUUCUUCAACAAACCUUCCUCCGGCCCUCAAUCCUAGUACAGCAAUUUCACCUGCUUCGUCCUCUUCCAGAGGUUUACCCCAACAAUUUGCGUCCUCACAGACGAACGAGGAGGGAAAGAAAGUGCAUGGCAAUGCUGGUAAAAAAAGGGGGCCGUACAUAACGAAUAAGAACCUUUCAAGCCAAGUGAUGGAAUUGCCGGUGGCGAUCUAUCUAGAUUUCAAGCCUGAGAUCCGAGGCCAGUUGCGAAGUGUUACCGACUUAGCCCGGCAAGAAGUGGUGGUGCGCUUCGAAAAGGACCAUUUAGAGUCUUUCCAAAGCUUGGACAAGGCAGCACAAGCCGUAUUCCACCGCAUGACAGUGCAAGAACGGCAGAAACAGGAGAUUACGUUAGACCAAGUACGGGAUCGUUGCGGUGGCUGGCACUUCUGGCGCUAUGACGCUAACGCGCUAAGUAACAAUAAAAACACUCCAGGGGCACAACCACAGCCAGCACGUCUGCUUAGACUCGCCAUGCACAUCCUUGAAGCACGACGGGCUCAGUUGGCACACCCUUUUCUUCCUGCUGGCGGAUCGUCCAAGGGGCUCACCGGUCCCAGACUAGACGUCUUUAGAUUGCUCAAAGCACAACACCCGAAACAAAAAUCCGAACAACAGCUGCUUGCGGAUAAAAUCACGUGGGAGAAUAGUCAGACAAGGGGAGUAUUUUCCACGCUCUAGUAAUGCCAGUUGUAUCAUUAAUAUAAGUAACCAACGCGGUGAUGAAUAUAUUUAUGGUACAAAAGGUUGAUUUAUCAAAAGGGGUGUGCCACUUUCUAGUAGAAGUUUCAGGAGGAAAGCAGAGGCGGAGGGCACAACCAGUAGUUUUUCAUUGUUACUCACUUUCUGAUGAUUUUACACGACACUCACACUUUGAUGUUACAAGUCAACAGAGCUUAUUCCUUUGGGUUUCCUGCUUGAGCUAGAGUUAGUAUAGAGUUUACUUAUCAAAUCUAUCAAAAAUCUGGUUAGCCUAGUCAUCUAAUCUGUACGACGAUGACCUAGUCUUGCGGCCACUUUUGAACUUUUUCAAAACCUACGCAGAGCUAAUAUCUGGAGGCAAUGUCCUCUUCAAAAAUUCAAAAAAAUGUCCUCCUUGCGCCUACCCGAAACACCUUAAGAAGAACGUUCCCGUAUCUAAUGAGUCCUUUCGUUGAUUCCAAGACCAAAAUUUGAAGGUCGUUACCAAAUCAUUGGGAUUGUAAGAAUCGUUUUACGAU